UAAAGCCCAAGCCCAAGCUGAAAUCAACUUUGAAUUUAGUACGGACGGCGGAAUAACUCGACCACGGACCUUAGACGCUAGGGUUUAAACGUUGGACCCUAAAAACCCUCAACCUUUUGGAGCUCAUUGCUUCACUGCACAUCACAAAGGAAUUUUAUCUGAUUGAUAGUUGAAAACGGUAAUGGCUGCGAAAGACGAGUUUCGAAUAUUUGUUGGAGGCCUCUCAUGGAACAUCUCAGAGUGUCAGCUCGAAAACGCUUUCAAUCGCUUCGGAAAAAUUCUCGAAACUCAAAUCAUGUUAGAACGAGAUACAGGUCGUCCUCGUGGGUUCGGUUUUAUUACCUUUGCAGACCGUAGAGGGAUGGAUGAUGCAAUCAGAGAGAUGCAUGGCCAGGAGCUUCGUGAGUGGAUUAUCUCAGUAAAUAAGGCUGAACCCAAGAUGGAGGAUGAUGAUACCGAGCCAGGCUUCAGGGGAGGAGGUUAUUCAUCUAGUGGUAGGGCUAGUUUUGGGAGAGGAAAAGAUAAAUCUGUGAGGCAGGAUGAAUGCUUCAAGUGUGGACGCCCAGGGCAUUGGGCACGAGACUAUCCCUCUGUCAGUGGUGAACGUGGUGGGGGUAGAGGUUCAUUUUCAUCACGUUCUCAAUUUGACAGUGAUGGCCGUGGGGAUCGUUUUGGAGGAGACCGUGAUCGAUAUGUGGAUGACCGUUAUAAUGGAGGGCGAUAUGGUGAUAGAGAUCGUUUUGAUCGUAGAGAAGACAAGUAUGGAAGUCGAGACCGCUACUUCGACGACAGGUACCCAUCUGCUGGAGAUCGCUUUACUAGUAGUGAUAGGUAUGAUGUUAGUAAUCGUUAUCCUCAGAAUGGCUACGUCAAAGACCGCGGCUACGAUAGGGAUAUUGGUCCAAGGAGUGGCAGUGAUAGGUAUGGUAGCGGAGGUCCUGGCCGGUUGGGUUUUAUGUCCUAAAACUCGUAGAUAGUAAAUAUAAUUUUGGUUCCUUAUUAUAUUUUCUAUCAGAAAAAAUUUUCUCUAAGAAAAGUUCCCUUAUUCCAAUUUUGGUUCCCACAAACCAUCUCAAUCAGAGAAUAAGAAGGUUUCCAAGUGUUGGUGCCCCAAAAUUUAGUGAUUGGUAGAUUCAGAGUCGUCAACGAGCGUAAGUUUUUUCUUCUCUGCAUUUUUCUUCAAAGCAUGUUUAACCAUAAAAAUUGUUUUUUUUUUUUUGCCAAUGUAUUGGUAUUUUUAAGGUUCCAAUUAAAAUUGAGUUUUUGUAAUUCUUCCGCUGUAAAGGGUUUUCAUCCCUUCAUGGCUGUCAUGAGGGCAGAAGUUAUAGAUAGGACAGGUCCUUACGAUCGCCCAAGCAGGGUGGGACGACCAUCUUUCUACGACCGCUAUUAAAAUUCAAAUAUAUGUAUAUCGAUAGUUGUUGGUUAACAUUUGCAAAUCAUUCUAGCUAGGAUAUGCACUUGCAAAGAACUGGCAGUUUUUAUUGCUUUUGAAAAUAUUUAGUAAUAGAAAUUUUGGGAUGUUACAACUUACAAUAACUAAUAUCUAAUGUUUGUAGGCAGGUUCUAACUCUACCUCCAGCCUCAGAUAUUUUAGUUCUCAAUGUGGUGAAUUACUCCGCUACCCCUGUUGACUUUGAUUUGUUCUUUUCUUAGGAACUGAAGACAAUUGACCCAACUUUCAUUUUCUUGAAUCUCUGAAUUCAUUAUUUAAAAGAUCUUUAUAUGGAAAAAUAUUGUUGAAUGUUAUUUAUUUAUAAGACCAAAGACUAAUGCUGAUUCUUUGGCAUUUUGUCAAAUAUGUAGGACUGUCGAUUGAGAAAACCAUUGCUGUAUUGUGAUAACCAUUGACUCCUAUCUUGCCUCUCACGACUCUAUGAUGGAACCCAUUUUAGUAAAUAAUUAAGAUUCUAUUUGUUAUC